CGCUCGUGAUAUCGAACGUGCGCGCGCAUCUACAAAUGUUCCAAAAUUAAAAAUACAUUUUAUUUAUUUUUUAUAAAUAAAAACAAAAAGAACUUAUUGUGUGCCAUUGUUGUGAUUAUAUUUGUUUCAUAAAGUGCAAUGUAAUACGUUUUGCUGUUUGAAUUGGAACUUCUUUGACACGGAAUUGUGGGUGUAAACAAAAAAUACUUUACGCACAUCCCGGAUGAAGCCAAUAUGACAAGAAAGUUUCUCUACUGUUUCCCACUUCGCUUGGGAAACAUUGUCUUUGGUUAUAUUAUAAUAACAAUAGCAAUAGCAGUGUUUGGGUACAACCUCUACGAGUUGGGGCUCACGCUCGUCUCGGAAAACUAUGAGGACGAGAAAUUUCGAAACUUCGAGAACCUGGAGAACAUAUUUGGAAAGAACAAGACUUCUCUAGUGGCCGGGAUCACUAUAGCGUAUUAUAUAUCGUAUUGCGCCGUGUCGUUUCUGUUGUUUGUAUUCGGGACUGUGCUGGUAUGCGGCGCGUAUCAUGCUAACCUGUGCUUGGUGACCACUUUCUUCGUCUACAGCUUCAUGCACUUAUUCUUCACAAUAGGGCUCAUCGCAUGGGAAGCAGUAUGCGAAGGCUGGAUACAGUUGGGACUGAUAGCACUUGCAGAUUUCCUGCUGAUCAUCUGCCUGUUCAGCGUGAAGUACUUAAUGGAAGCAAUCCGCACCGGGAACAUCUACAGUCGCCCUGGAGAGAUACUCUGCGAGCCCAACUUCAGAUCGACGGGAUCCAAACAUUACUACCACGACUUUGACCGAUAGUUCCUUAAACUUUAUGAUAAUAUACUCUAUAAGAUUUAUGUAAUUGAAGACUUCUAUAUUUAUCAGUCGAGAGGACCGUCUGAGGUAGAUUUUGAAAAAAUCGCCAGUGUCAAUAGAAUACGUCUGUGACAUCAGUCUUGUUGUAGAAACAUGUAGUAAAACUAUUUAUGACU